AUGGUUGAGACAGGCGUCGCCGGUAGCGCCCGCAGCGCCUCUGUCAAACCGAAAGAUGCGAGUGACGCGCUCGAGGCUGCUCUUGCGCAGCUCGGCCCGUUCGGUUUCUAUCAAGGAUAUGUACUGGUGAUGUUGUGUAUCCCUAACCUGUUCUCUGUUAUGUAUUCCCUCAACUAUGUGUUUGUGGCCGACCAGGUUCCCUUUCGAUGCGUCAUCCCAGAGUGCGAGCGAGGAGAUGUUCACUUCGACAAUGAACUCGCUGUGGCUCUGCUACCGAACAACUCUCAAUGCCAACGGUACUUGCCGCUCCAAGACGACGACGCCCAGUGCGAAAGAGAACACUUUCAUUCAGUCAAGACCGUCACCUGUCAGAAGUUCGUCUAUGAAAACUAUAACACUGUCUUUGCUGAGUUCGACCUUGGAUGUCGUGAAUGGUUACGAACUAUGGUGGGCACGGUGCGCAAUGCAGCCCUCCCACUGUCCCUCAUCCUCACCGGGUACACCUCAGACACUUACGGGCGUCGGACCGCGUUCUGCAUAUUCUCGGCAUUUGCUGGAUUUAUGGGUAUCAUCAAGUCGUUUUCUCUAAAUUAUGAGAUGUACCUCGCACUGGAGUUCCUAGAAGCAGCUCUUGGAUACGGGUUUAACAGUGCCGCAUAUGUUUUAAUGUUAGAAAUGGCCCACCCGUCUCUCCGUGGGGUCUUCGCAUGUGCAACGGGUGUCGCCUAUGGUGUGGGCGGCGUACUGUUCGCUUGGAUCGCCUGGGGAGUGCCUUACUGGCGUCAUCUGCUCUGGACGAUCCAUUCCUUGGCGUUGUUGUUGCCAAUCUACUACAUACUGCUCGAUGAGAGUCCACGGUGGUUGCAUUCGCAGGGAAAUAUCAAAAAGACUGAUGCGAUGAUUAGGAAAGCGGCUGCGUGGAAUAAGGUUAUCGUAGAUGAGGAGAUAAUGAAACGUCUCAACGAGGACGUGAAGAAUGAAAGUGAGAAUGAGAAACAGAGCCCUUGGAAGAGUCUUUUUCAUUCGCGAGUCCUUUUGAUCAGGUUCGCACUGUGCUGUUGGUGUUGGAUAGCCAGCACAUUCGUGUACUACGGGCUGACCAUCAACUCUGUGUCCCUCUCUGGGAACAAGUACGUGAACUUUGCUCUCAACAUGUCGAUGGAGAUCGCCGCCUCGCUGCUCAUCAUGAUGGCUUUGGAGAGGAUUGGGCGCAAGCUCUGUAUAUUCCUGGCGUUUCUUCUGUGUGGGGUUGCUUGUGUGUCACCCUUCUUUAUAAAGCACUCUGGAACGAGUUUGGGCCUCUUCUUUGUGGGUAAGCUGGCCAUCACGUUUGCGUUUAACUCUCUGUACGUGUUCACGGCGGAGCUGUAUCCCACGUACGCGCGCAGCUCGGCGUUGGCUGCUAGCUCCUUGGUGGGGAGACUAGGAUCUGUUCUAGCGCCGCAGACACCACUACUGAACAUGUACGUGCAAGCCGUGCUGUACGGCGCGUGCUGCCUGAGCGCGGCGGUGGGCGUGCUGUUCAUGCCCGAGACGCGCCACGCGCGCCUGCCGCAGCACGUGGACGACGCCGAGCGCAUGCGAACCGACGAAGACAGGCUCAACGAAACCUUCAGUCAGCCUCCCCCUCAACUGCUGAGGCGGUACUUAUCCGCUGACACGUGA